GGAUUACGGCUGGAACGAGCUCACUUGAUUGGCUCCUCUUCCCGGAACUUCCUGUGUCUUGAGCUUGUGGAUGGCAUCACUGUGAACGUGCAGUCUCGUGAACUUUGACAAUGGCCAAGAACAAACUAAAAGGGCAGAAGUCCAGGAAUGUAUUUCAUAUAGCCAGCCACAAAACUUUGAAGGCUAAAAACAAGGCAAAACCAGUUACUACUAAUCUUAAGAAGAUAAACAUUAUGAAUCAUGAAAAAGUCAACAGAAUGAACAGAGCUUUUGUAAAUAUACAGAAAGAACUUGCAAACUUUUCAAAAAGCCUUUCUCUUAAGUCUGUGCAGAAAGAGCUGAAGCACCAUGAAAAAGAACCAGCUAACGUUGAUGAAGCGACACGACUAAUGGCUCAGUUGUAAUACAGUGACAGUGUAUCACAUUUCCCCAAAGACCAAUAAAUUCAAUGUUUCAUACAACUUUAUUUCUUUAAAUCUUGUUAAUGUACAGGCAUUGGCACAUUUUAAAAACAAACUACAUAAACAGAUCUUUCCUAUACUCUAGGAAAGUGGAAUGUCAAAAUCAACAAACUGAUAGACUUAAAGUGCUAAAACAGAAGGCACUUCACAAAAUCUGUUCACUCAACAGUGAUAUCCUUCACUUUAUAUAUGGCAGUGAAUGUCUGUUUGAAGGAUACAUAGAAACAGCUUUGCGGCAGUAAAAACAUAGGACAAGUAAGUGAUCUUUUGGACAAUGUUCUGUUAU